AUGCUUCGCAUUAGCUCGGCGGUGUCGGGUGAAGAACUGAUAGUGCUGGAUGCGGCGGAGGUAGAGGGGAAGUCGGGCAAAGAACUGAAGAGGUUGCUGGCGCCCAGACUUGGAUAUGUCCGAUUUCGCCAAAGAUUGCUCUUUGAAGACGGUAGGGAAGUGCAGGACGAUAGCAUUUUGACGUUGGACGGAACUUUGAACCUGCAGAUGGUCUUCCUGUCGUACUGCCCCAGCGACGACCCAUUGGACCUGCAGCUGGUCUUCGCCUGCCACAAGGGCGAGCUGUCGACGCUGGAGCGGCUGCUGAAGGCGCCCAGGGAUCCCAUUGUGACCUUCGACACGCUGGGGACGCCACUUCAUAUGGCAUCCUGGAUGGGCCACGUGGGCUGCGUGCGUUUGCUACUGGAAGCAGGUGUGGACCCGGACUUGGCCACCAGUUCCUUCAUGGACGGAGACAUCAACACCCCAGUGCAAGCUGCGGCCGAUUUGGGGCAUACGGAGGUGAUACGGCUGCUGGUCACGGCGGGGGCAAAGCUGGGGAAGACCACGGCGCACGGCUCGAGCCCGUUGCACCUGGCCUCCGCCGGUGGCCACCCGGCGGCCGUGCGGCUUCUGCUGGAGCUGGGCUGCGACCUCAAUGGAGGCGACAGCAGCGGCGCCACACCGUUGCACGCUGCCAUCGGCCUAAAUCGUGUAGAAGUGGUGCAGUUCUUGCUGCAGAUGGGGGCCAACACCAAUCAGGAAAUCGAUGGUCCUGCCGGCGGCGAUGGUCCCAGUGCUUUGCACAUGGCAGCAGCGCUUGGUCAUGUUGAAAUUCUCCAGUUGCUACUGGACCAUGGAGAUCCGCUAGAGAAACGCUCCUCCUCCAGUGGUCAAACUCCGCUGCACGCUGCCGCCUUCGCCGGACAACUGGCUGCAGUGCAGUUCCUCGUCGAGGCCAAGGCGGAGCCAUGGAGGUGCACUGUGGACGGCCGAACGCCGUUGUGCUUAGCCUCUGAGAUGGAUUUUGAGGAGGUGGUAAAUUUCCUGCAGCCUGGCGGGGUCAAGGGGAAGGCCAAAGCCAAGGCCAAAGCAAAGGCCAAAGCCAAGGCCAAGGCCAAAGCAAAGGCCAAUGCCAAAGCCAAGGCCAAGGCCAAAGCCAAGGCCAAGGCCAAAGCCAAGGCAAAAGUCAAGGCAAAAGUCAAGGCAGAAGUCAAAACGAAGACGAAAGCUGAGGUAAGACCCAAGGCCAAGGCCAAAGUGGCAGGUAAACUACAGAGGCAUGGCUAGAUGCUGCCAAGGACAGAGCUCGCCGCUCGCCAGUGG